UCCCUGCGUGAGCAUCGCACCCCAUGUCUAACCCACAGUGACAGCAGCUCCUCCACUUCACCGCGUGUAGCCUGCCAAACCACGGGAUUUCUCUUCUUUUUUUCCUUUCUUUUUAUUCUUCUUUCUAUCAUCACUUCAUCCAGAGCUGCGUUUUUCGUUUUGACAUCGCUCGUCAUUACAGCGCGUCCAGAGAGGGAUCCAAUUAGAGACAACCAACUUGUUCGCGAAGGAGAAGUGAGAAGGCGCAUCCUGAAGUUGGGAGGAGAGCGAGAGCGCGAGAGAGAGAGAGAGAGAGAGAGGGGGGGGGAGAGAGACAGUGAGAGAUACAGAAAGAGGGGAGCGAGAGAGAGCGCGCAGACCGAUGGCCGCCCUGAUCAGCGCGUACUCGUCGUGGCCGGAGUCCUUCGAGUGCUCCGCGGGAGGUGGGGACGUGCCCGACGGCCACGGCUCCCACAGCAGGACACCUGUGGACAAGGCGUCGGAGCCGCGCAUCCGGCGGCCCAUGAACGCCUUCAUGGUGUGGGCCAAGGACGAGCGCAAGCGGCUGGCCGUCCAGAACCCCGACCUGCACAACGCCGAGCUCAGCAAGAUGUUGGGCAAGUCAUGGAAGGCCCUGACUCCCCCUCAGAAGAGGCCCUAUGUAGAGGAAGCUGAGAGACUUCGGGUGCAGCACAUGCAGGACUACCCCAACUACAAAUACCGGCCUCGCCGGAAGAAGCAGCUGAAGCGUAUCUGCAAGCGUGUGGACCCCGGUUUCCUCCUGAGCGGGAUGGGUCCUGAUCAGAAUGCUCUCCCUGACCACCGUGCCCUCUGUCACCCACUUGAAAAGGACGAGGGCAGCCCUAACAAUGUCAGCGGUGGGUUCUCCACCUCCAGCCCUGCCCUGCCUAGCGUCAGAUCCUUCAGAGACCCCGCCAGCUCCAGCAGCAGCUUUGACACGUACCCUUAUGGUCUGCCUACUCCUCCUGAGAUGUCCCCCUUAGAUGCCAUGGACCAUGAGCACGUGACCUCCACUUAUUACUCAACGUCUGGUGGUACCCCUGCCUCCUGCACCUCCUCGGUCUCCUGUCAAGAUGAGCACCGUCCAACUCAGACGCACAUGGGGAGCCCACCCCCGUACCACGCUGACUACACCCAGACGCAGCUCCACUGUGGGGCCGCACACCUGGGCCACAUCUCCCACAUGUCCCAAACAGGCGGCGGCGGUGGACUGAUCUCUGGUCCACCGUUGCCCUACUACAGCACCUCAUCUUUCUCCCAGGUUCACCAUGGGCUCCAUCAGGGUCAUCUGGGUCAACUGUCCCCCCCACCAGAAACACAGGGUCACCUGGAGACCCUGGACCAACUGAGUCAAGCUGAGCUUCUGGGUGAGGUGGACCGCAACGAGUUUGACCAGUAUCUAAACUCCACCGGGACCGGGUUCCACCCUGAGCAAGGUGGGAGCAUGACUGUUGCAGGACACAUCCAGGUGGCAACGGCUGCCUCUGCUUCCACCACCACUUGUCCCAGUAGCACCACGGAAACCAGCCUCAUCUCCGUGCUCGCGGACGCCACGGCAGCCUACUACAACAACUAUGGCAUCUCGUAAGCUGUUCCCCUACGUAGGUAACGGCACCCAAUACACCUGUGACUGACCGACCAGAGACAACAAAGGGUUGGGUCAAGUUGUGUUUGGGAUGAAGUUGCUCUUGAGUGCUGACCGGGGAAACAUCUCUUUUACUCCCUUUUGUAGCCUUUACACCUUUACUGUAAACAGGGAAACUUUAGCAUUGACUCCCCCGAUUGGCACGUUCAUGUGCAAAUUCAUCCUCCAGCAAUCAAAACCUGAUCCAGUUACAGAGCAAUAUGAUUGUUUGGCGCCAAGGGAAGAACAAAUGGGAUUUGGAGGAGUAAAAAGAGAGGGAUAUGGACACCUCAGGGAUGCACACACAGAACACUAUAUAUAUAUAGUAUGUCACCUCCAAAUGAAGUUUCCAAACCAGAACAAUUGCAUGGACUCAACGUCCACUUGUAAAUGUCUUUGCUCAUCGUUGCCACUGAGGCAUGUACAGAUGCUCCCGAGAAGCUAAUUUAAGUAUUUUGAUGUCUCGCAUUAUGCCAAUUGUAAUGCUAUUAUCGAUUCUUCCCAUUUUGAAUGUUUGUAUUCUUUGUUCCUGCUCUCAUUCGGUGGGAGUCUUACCUCAGUAGUUUGUAAUUAAAUGAGGAUUAGCCGGACACUUCUUAUGCAAGUCUCCCCAGCAAAAAUGGUGUAUAAUGAAGAAAAAAAAGGGCAUCUAUACUUCUUCUCAAGUACUUAAUAAUAUAUAAUCAUAACCUUUACGAUGAAAAUAAUAAUAACUAUCUAAUUGUAUGCUGAUUUAGGUUUGUGAGAGACAAUUAAUUUAAAAUAAAGUUCCACUUUUAUAAUUGAUGUGAUUGCCACUUUGAGAAGGCGUCCCUGCAGGCGCCGGCCGACCACAUGUUACACGCCACAGAAUAAAAAUCCUCUCUCUAUCAUUUCAUUAUUAUACCUGUGUUGCAGUGUUCUUAAUUUAUACACUUGUCAGCAUUGUGCAGUAACAGAUGAAGGCGAAAUUUCCCCCAGUUUUACAUGUGCUCGUACCUUGAAACUAAUCAGUACAAUCAUUAUCAAAUUUCAUGAAUAAAGAUGAAAACAAGA